AAGACAGCAUGGAAUCAUCACAGCAGCAUCACAGCAGCAUCACAACAUGUCAUAAAUAAUGUGGAUAAUGAUGAAAAAAACAGCUUUAAUUUCAAGUGUUACGAGUUUGGGCUUUGUGAAAGAUCUCAUUUUGUCAGGGCAAGGUCCAAACUUGAGUAUAUAUCAUACAGUUAGUGGGGAAAAGAUUCUCUCUGAUCAUGUCUUAGGGAAUUCCAGAAUUCAUGUUAUUAAAGUUAAUGAAAAGGAAAAGUCAUUGGUUGCUAUUUCUGGUCAAAAGAUCAUGAGAGUUGUUGAAAUCAUUUCCACUCAAGCAUCUGUGAAAAUUGAAAAUAAAACAAGUCUGCUAUCAUUUCCUGAUCUGAUAUUAGAUGUUCAUUGGCUACAUGGUGAAAAUGGAAAAUCCAAUGCAGUUGCCAUAGCAACAGCCCAUAAUGCUGUUUGGUAUUUUAACAUGGAGACAGGCAUAAGAUCUCAGGUUGCACAGUGUGAAGAAACCAGUAUACUAUAUUCUGCCCAAUUCUUUGGCAAAGACUUGAAUAACCUACUCCUAGCUUCUGGAACAGUAUUCAAUCAAGUGUUGUUGUGGAAAGUAAAAGGAGCAGAGACAAAGGAAAAGUCCAUUAAAGUACUAAGUAAACUGUGUGGCCAUGAGGGAGUCAUAUUUAAAAUUAACUUUAACAAGUCCGGAACAUUAAUGACAUCAGUAUCUGAUGACAGAAGUAUACGUUUAUGGAAACUAACACACGCUGGCCUAGAUUUUACUGGAGAAGUACAACUUUUACUUAUAUUGUAUGGACAUAGUGCAAGAGUAUGGGAUGCAAAGGUUUUAACAAAUUUUCUUGUGAGCAUUGGAGAAGAUGCAGUGUGUAAUGUUUGGAAUUAUGAUGGGAAACUUGUGAAAACAUUUUCUGGACACAAAGGUAGAAGUAUCUGGAGUCUAGCCAUAUCUAAAGAUGAACAUGUAAUUGCUACUGGUGGUGGAGAUGGAAGUAUUCGACUUUUCUCCUUGGAGGACAUCAAUAGCAAGGAAUCCAUGGUCACAGCACAAGCUUUUUUACCAGGGACAGCAGAACAGUUGAAACUAAACAAGAAGGGUGGAAUAACUGUCGACUCUCCAAGAUCUGUUUCUUUGGUGACACAUAAAAAGUCUUUAAUAAUGACAUCUGAAGGUUACUUGUAUGAAUAUACUUGGAGAGAGAAGCCAGGAAACACAGCAAAGUCCAUAACUAGAAAUACAUUGGAUCACCAGCCAGAAGGUUCAGAUUCCAUGGCAGAGUGGACAUCCAAUGAAUGGAAGUUGUUGUUGCAUGACCCAAACUAUUCGUCAUACAGUUUAAUGGCAGUAUCUUCUGAUCACAAGUAUGUAGCAUUUGGGAACUUGCAGGGAAGCAUCAAAGUCCAGGAAACAAGUUUUUCCUUAGAUGCUAAAGAAGUGAAACCUUUCACAAGUAAAGUCUUAAGUCUACUUUGGUCUGUUCAAACUGCUUCACACAGUCUUUUCUCUUGUGGACCUGAAGGAAUCAUUAUUUGGUGGCAUGUGUUUAAAGAUAGUCAGCAAGUAUUGCAAAUGGUACGAGUUCGUACAUUUUGUAUUCCUUAUUCAAAACAACGGUGGCCAUCAGCUGUAGAGGUGUUGGAUCAAGAUAAGAUGUCAACAAAACGAGAAAGAAAAGUAGGAAACUGUCACAUAGUAUUUGGUGAUAGAAAGGGUUCUCUUCACUUGUUCGAUGCUAGAAGAAUCACCCAACAUGAGGUCCUAGAUCCAGUCCAUUCAUUACCGGUUAUACAUGGACGUAUUGGAGUCACGCAACUGUGUGCUCACGACAACAGUCUAUACUCCGCUGGUCGAGAUGGAACAUAUCGUCAAUACAGACUCUUGGAUUCUAUACUAGAAGUGAUCGACACCAAAAAGGUAUUCAAAGGAUUAGAAUGGGUUGAAAAGCUGAUAUUUCUUGCAAAUGGGGACCUGGUCAUAGCAGGAUUUCACACGGCAUAUUUCGUGGUAUGGAGUGUUGAAAGAAACCAACCUGUAUUCAAAGUGAAGUGUGGUGGAGGACAUCGGGCUUGGGACUUUGUGCUGAACCAAAAUCCCGAAUCACAAAAUUAUGAAGCUGUGUUUACGUAUUUGAAGGGAAACUCCAUAAAUGUGCACUUGGAACAGCUGAGGAAUUCCAUAGCGAAACCUGUAUUACAGACUGGUUUUCAUGGUCGAGAAGCAACUUGCCUGUGCUACGUUGAUAGUCUGCCUCUUGGUAAACAAGGAUUUCCUCGGCACCAUGUGUUCCUGACAGGAAGUGAAGACACCACCAUAAAUAUGAUGUCAUAUAACAGUACCGUUGAUUUUUUAACAAAGGUGUUCACUGCACAAGGACAUAUUUCUAGCAUACGAACAUUAAGUGUUACAAGAUGUAGACUACGUGUGCAGAAACAAGAAGACACAGGAGAGACCACUAUCGAGGGGACCGACUGUUCCAUGAAAUACUUACUGUUUUCCGGAGGAGGAAGAGCAUCUCUCAGAUGCUGGCGAGUAGAUCUUUCAGCUAUUAAAAUCCUUGAUAAUGAGUGUGUGGCUUCGAGUCCGCCAGUUUCUCACAUAUGCGAGUAUUCGUCUCGAUCCAGCAACCAAAGAAGAAAACGCAGAAGACAACUUGGCCAAAACAUCUGCUCAGAGAUUCGCUUUAUGUCUUUAACGUCGUUGUCUAUGUCUGUUAUUUUGGACGACGAGAGCUUUCAAGAUAAGUCUUGGUAUUUGUAUGGUAUAGCUGCCGCUUGUUCUGAUGGGUUUGUCAGGAUCUUUAUCUUCGAUGAAAAGAACUCCAAGUUCUUUCUUCUCGCACAAUCUGAUUACUUACAACGGUGUGUUCUGACGGUAAACCAUCUGAUUCAUCACAACUUUUCGGGACGUCAUAGUGUCUUGAUAUUUGCUGGCGACACUGCAGGCAAAAUUUCUGUGUGGGAUAUUACUGAUCACCUCAUUGAAUACGUUCGAGAUGAAGAUGCUGCUGAAGAAGCAGACGAUGCUGCUACAACAAACAAGUCCGAUUUACAUCGGGAAGAUGGGAAUGAAUUGGUACAAAAUUGUACUGAAGGACAUUUAUGUUGCUAUUCUUUGGUAGAGGAACAUGAAAAAAACAAUUUCUCAUGUAUAACUCCAGCUGAAAACUCACUGGGUCGACCUAUACAUGUUUUCAGAGCACAUCAAUCUGGAGUAAACGACAUUUCCAUUCAUAAAGGUUGUGCGAGUUACGUUUUGUGUAGCGGCGGAGAUGAUAGUGGCUUGUUCGUGGCAGAAUUAAAUCUUUGUUCAGCAGAAAGUGGAUCACGUGGUAUAGUCGUGAUAAGAGAAGAAACUGUCCAAUCAGCGCAUACGUCCUCCGUCACAGGCAUUAGAAUAAUAGAUUCUAGCAGGAUAGUAUCAUCAUCUACGGACCAGCGACUAAAACUUUGGAAUAUCGAUUCAAACGAGGACAGUACAACGAAUAACAAGUUUAUCAGACUGAGUAAAGUGGAGUUUGUCGACGUACCUGAUGUACAAGCCAUUGAGACGUGGGAAACAUGGAAGGAGAACGGUAGAUGUACGACUAUAGGAGUGUGUGGAGUUGGUUUACAGAUGUUACUUGUAGACUAAUUAGGACUAAGCAUCAUGACAUCAUGAUAGUCAUGUACAUACACCAGGUAUCUUCUACUGUAGUGAAUCGGUUACAAGCCCUCAGUGGACUUAUACAACUGAUUUUGUAAAGGUUUUCGGGAGGUCAUUACGUCUGAAAUCCGUUUUUUUUAAAUUUCCAUUUCAACCGUUUUUGUUUUGUUUUUGUUUUCAUUUCAAUUGAACAACACUAUUUUCCCGCAACAUUUGCUGUAAAAGGUUUUGAAACGCUUGAUUCUAUACGCUAUAAAAUAAUUAUAUUUUACUUUUAUUUCCUUAAAUACGAUAAUAAUACUUCAACAGCAUUGGCCAUGUUAAACUUGCUCGGCACGUGAAACUCAUGAUGGUCUUGUGUCUUCAUUGUAUUUUACAUCGCGACGCCCAAAAGUAUGACUACUAAUAAUGUAUUCGCAUAUUUCUCUCCCUGCCUUCUUUCAAUAUUCAUCGUAGGAUCGUCUUAUCUUAUUUUUGAUUUAAUCGCUAUUUGGAGGAUGAUAGUCACAGUUUUGAGUUUCGCGCUAUAAAUACAGGUCGUAAAACGUGUAUUCUAUCAAGAGUACUGAAUACUCGAUAGGUCAAGCACAGCAACGUGUUUUCUUGGACGGUUCGUGUUCAGAGCAAUCUGCUUUUACAUCGCAUGUGUUUUUAUCUAGAACCAAAGAAUAAAUAAGUAUGAGAACAUUUUAA